UAGACUGGUUAAAUUGUGCUUUUAACAUGCCAGUUGAAAUAGUCGUAUUAUGGCUCCCUCUGUCAUUUGAUUUACAUUACCUGUGUAAAAUAUCACGUGGAUGUACAUUCGUUAUAAACAAUACAGGAUCAUUAGUGCUUGUUUCAAUAGCCAUAGAACGGUAUAUUGUUGUGUAUCAUCCCCUCAAAAACAGACAACUUACACCAAAAUUCGCGAAGGUAAUGUGUCUUCUAGCGUUCAUAAUUUCUUCAAUAUUUUCAUGGCCGUCUUACGUUUUCUACGGAAGCCAUACACUAACAAUUCAGAUUGCGAAGGGCACCUUUGUUGUUGGAAAAACCUGUUUGAUUGCUGAUGAACAUGAGUUUCGAACAGGACUGCUGCUGAUAUUUACCACUGUGUUAUUUACCCUUCUUGUAUUAGUUUUUAUAGUAUUAACUGUCCUGUAUAUUGCUAUUGGGCGCAAAAUAUACAUCGCAACAUGUACAGAUCUCACCGCAAAUGGAAGGGAACAGGUGAGAGGUUUGUUCAGUAAGAGUAUUAUUUCGGCAAUAACAGGAAUUGCCGAGCCCACCGAAAAUAAAAGCAACUCAACAAGUAGACAUACAGGAUAUCGCAAUAGUUAUAAGACAAAAAGAAGUUCACAAAGUAUUCAGGAACAGUCAUUACCAAGCAUAAGUGAAAAUGAAGAUUCAAAAAUGACUUCUGAUUCCAACGAAAACUUGUCUUCUACGAGUCUGAAACGUAAAGUGCGGAAAGUGAAAGCUACUAGAAAGAACACUGUAAUGAUGCGCAUGGUUACCAUAGCUUUCAUGGUGUCAUUUACACCGUUUCUUUGCAUUCUCAUAAUACGUUAUACAAACCCUAUGUAUUAUUUUGGACUGGGAACUGCAGGCAAAAUUGCUUAUGCUGUCUUUCUAAGAACUUAUUUCAUAAAUAGCAUGGUAAAUCCAUUUAUCUAUGGAUUUAUGAAUUUGCAAUUUAGAAAAAUGGUAAAAGAUCUGUUUUUGAACAUAUUCUGUUGUAAGAGUUGCAGAAGAGGGAAUAGUAAAUUUACUCAAAGAUAAUGUUUUGUGGGAGACAACAUAAUCUGCUUCAAUGACGUUUAUAUAAGAAAGAAGUAAUUUUGGUUUAGUGCUGUAUAAAUUCAAUGCAGAUUCUAAACAUAUAUGUGGUCAUAUGUUGUUGUUGUUGUUUUAAUUGAUAUAACAUUUGUACUUCAUGUUUUGAAUAUACAGAAAUCAUACGUGUUCGCACUCGUUUUUCAUUAUAAUAUAUAGGCAACAUAUUUAUAUGAAAACAAUGUGCAAGACAGUUCAACUGUAUAUUAUAUUGAUACAAUAAAUUCAUUAUAAUUAGA